GCCGGCGAGUCGGUCAGUUACAAAGGCCGCCGCGCCCGCCCUCGCCGUUUUCGCCUCACCGCACGGCCCUGGGCGGACGCGGAGCCCCAAACGCGGCCCUGGCCGCGAGCGGUCGCGGUGACGGCGCCCCCGGCCGGCUCCCUCCGCACCCCGCCGGAGAUGAGCGGAAGAUGUCUGUGUCGGGGCUCAAGGCCGAGCUGAAGUUCUUGGCGUCCAUCUUCGACAAGAACCACGAGCGGUUCCGCAUCGUCAGCUGGAAACUGGACGAGCUGCACUGCCACUUCCUGGUGCCGCCGCUGGGCAGCCCACGCUCGCCGCCGCAGCCGCUCACUCUGCACUGCAACAUCACGGAAUCUUAUCCAUCUUCUUCACCCAUAUGGUUUGUAGACUCUGAUGACCCAAAUCUGACAUCGAUUCUGGAACGUCUAGAAGAUACUAAGAGCAACAACUCGCUUCGUCAGCAGUUGAAGUGGUUGAUAUGUGAGCUCUGCAGAUUAUAUAACGUGCCUAAGCACCUGGAUGUUGAGAUGCUAGAUCAACCACUACCCGUGGGUCAGAAUGGGACAACAGAAGAAAUAACUUCUGAAGAGGAGGAAGAGGAAGAGAUGGCUGAAGAUAUAGAAGACUUAGAUCACUAUGAGAUGAAGGAAGAAGAGCCUAUUAAUGGGAAAAAGUCAGAGGACGAUGGAAUUGAAAAAGAAAAUUUGGCAAUAUUAGAGAAAAUUAGGAAGACUCAAAGGCAAGACCAUUUAAAUGGUGCAGUGUCUGGGUCUGUGCAAGCUUCAGAUAGACUUAUGAAAGAGCUCAGGGACAUAUACAGAUCACAGAGUUACAAAACAGGGAUCUAUUCGGUGGAACUCAUAAACGACAGUUUAUACGAGUGGCAAGUAAAGCUGCAAAAAGUUGAUCCUGAUAGUCCUUUGCACAGUGAUCUUCAGAUCUUAAAAGAAAAAGAAGGCAUAGAAUAUAUUUUGCUUAACUUCUCUUUUAAGGAUAACUUUCCAUUUGAUCCUCCAUUUGUUCGAGUAGUGUUACCUGUUCUCUCAGGGGGGUAUGUGUUGGGUGGAGGAGCAUUAUGUAUGGAGCUUCUCACAAAACAGGGCUGGAGCAGCGCCUACUCCAUAGAGUCUGUCAUCAUGCAGAUCAAUGCCACCUUAGUCAAAGGCAAAGCCAGAGUGCAGUUUGGAGCAAAUAAGAAUCAGUAUAAUCUAGCAAGAGCCCAGCAGUCCUACAAUUCCAUUGUACAGAUACAUGAGAAAAAUGGUUGGUAUACUCCUCCAAAGGAAGAUGGCUAAAUAUGUAGACUCUGUGUAGCCGGACCAAUGCUGCUUUAAAGAAAACCUUUCCAACAUGCAGACACAAGCUUUGAGUGCCGAGUCGACCACACAGAGACGUUAAUGCCUAGAUCUGUAGUGAUAACCCAUCACUGACACAGCCUCAGUUCUGGCCUUUCUGUGAGCAGCUGGGCCCAUACUGUAUUCUUCCUGAUUGGUAUAUGCACUGCCACCCCUUGCCAUCUCUUCCUUGAAAAGUGAAGUCUUGAAGCAGGCAAGUCAGCAUCAGGUCAUUGAAGCUGCGGUGUCACAGUAACUUCCUUAAUAUUGAACCUAUGGGUUAUGAGAAUUUGCAAAAUACUGUUCCAUUUAGAGCCAAUAAAAAUUUAAUCGAUGUUCA